AUCCGGAGAGUUCUUCCUUCUGGUUUUAAGGGAAGAGUGCAGGGUGCAGAGGUUUUAGGGCAUUUUUCAGGUGAUCUAACUCUGUGUCGGAGCGGACCCAGUUGGUAUAGCACGCCGGGGAAGAUGGGAUCGUCUGACGGCCUCAAGGCCGAGAAGCAGGAUGGCGACACCAGUUUAUCCGGGUUGCAGAAGCUGAUCAAAGGGGACGCCUCGUGGGAUCGGGAUCAACUAGGCGAUGUGUUGCAUUGGAUCAGGCAAGCGAUUGCACUCGUCUGCGGCGUUUUGUGGGGUGCAAUACCUCUUACGGGUUUCCUCUGGAUCCUUAUUUUCGCUGCGCUUUCAUCUGGAGCGAUUUAUGGCGUUUACUCAAUUUAUCUGAAGGUGGAUGCCGAGGAGUUUGGUGGUGAUGGUGCCCUCCUGCAAGAGGGCUUAUUCGCAUCGAUGACACUGUUUUUGCUCGCUUGGACUUUAGUAUACAGCCUUGCUCAUUUCUGAAUUGUCAGUAUUUUUCAGGGUAGAUUCUUUGUUCGCAAGCUACUGGAGCUGAAAUUUGUAGCGUUGUAGUGCCCCGCUCAAGGGAUUAAGUUAUCAGGUUUUUUAAACUUUCGAUUGCUCAUAGAUUGGUUCGUCUUAAGAGUUGCACGCAGUGAUCCGGGUAUGCUGAGGUUUUUAGUUUAAGAGUGAGCUAUCUGUUAAGCUACUGGGAUGCUUUGACUGCUCGAGGAGGUUGUCGACUAUUUAAAAGAAUGUAUUUCAAAAGAGAUUAUCAAACUUUUCACACAACUGCUGAUGGCCGAUAACCUGUGUGUCUAAUUUA